CGCCACUAAUCCCAACGCUACAAAUUAUAGGUCCCAACCAUCUCGCUCCACACAGACUCCCUGCGACUCCCCACCAGCAACUUCACAUCUGUUUAAGACAGUUCAAAGCUGAUAAAAGAGCAGAAGAUAUGGCUGUGGUUAGUGGAACUUACCGUAUGGUGUCGGAGGAGGAGCAGGCUCUCAGGGCCAAGCUGGAACGUCUCACCGUCAAGGACCACGGGCCAGUGUUUGGACCCUGCGCUAGCUUGCCGGACCACACCAAGCAGAAGGCCAAGGACGAGCUGAACGAGACAGAUGAGAAGAAGGUGGCGGCAGUGAAGGAGCUGCGAGAAAUGAUUAAGGAGAAGGCAGAUGCAGGUGACGACCUGGCCAAGGGGGUGCAGGACACCUUUGGAGAGAAACCAGACAGUUUGCUGGUCCGCUUCAUCCGGGCCAGGAAGUACGACGUGCCCAGAGCCUUCGACCUAAUGAAGGGCUACGUGCGUUUCAGGAAGGAUUACCCCGAGCUGUUUGAUAAUCUGACCCCGGAGGCCGUACGCAGCACCAUCGAGGCCGGCUACCCCGGCAUCCUGCCGAGCAGAGACAAAUACGGCCGCGUGGUUCUGCUCUUCAACAUUGAGAACUGGGACUACGAGGAGAUCACCUUUGAUGAGAUCCUGCGUGCCUACUGCGUGAUCCUGGAGAAGCUUCUGGAGAACGAGGAGACUCAGAUCAACGGGUUCUGCAUCAUUGAGAACUUUAAGGGCUUCACCAUGCAGCAGGCGUCUGGAAUCAAACCCACUGAGCUCAAGAAGAUGGUGGACAUGUUGCAGGAUUCAUUCCCUGCCCGUUUCAAAGCUGUGCACUUCAUCCACCAGCCCUGGUACUUCACCACCACCUACAAUGUGGUCAAACCACUCAUGAAGGGCAAGCUGCUAGAGAGAGUUUUUGUCCAUGGAGACGAGCUGGAAAACUACUACAAGGAGUUUGACGCUGACAUCCUUCCUUCUGAGUUUGAUGGGAAAGGUUCCAAGUACGACGGCAAUGCCACAGCAGCCAAGCUGUUCGACUAAACCUCCUCCCUCCAUUUGCACCAACCAGGCGAAGAGCCAUUAUAUAUUACAAACCCCACAGACUGUGGAGACUCAAAGGCCAAAUCUAACUGUGUGGUUGUGGGAAGGAAACAUUAUGAAUGAAAGGCACAAGUGUGCGAGAAGUUCAAGUGAUGUUGUUUUCCGGGGUUCCUGAUGAAGCACAGUCUAACAGGAACAAGGCAGUCAAAACCACUCAUCCUCAGUCAUUGUAGCCCUCUCUGUAUAAACCAUUUGCCUGCUCCUUUAAGCACCUCACAGUUCCUCUUUUUUUAGCACUGGACAGAUUGUUUAAAAAUGCAUAUUAAAUAAGAUUUUCAACCUUUUAGGCAACCAUUGACUUUACAAGAGCAUCUUAUGAAAAUCAACCUUAGUUUAAAGAUUUAAAGUUUAAAUAGAGAAUUCAUCACAAUAAAAAUGCGUGUGGCUUAAUUUUAUUUUUUAUGUCAUUUCAGAAAGAAAAAAAUGUUUAUUAAUUUAAACACACAGGUGGACCCACGUUAAACCAAAUGAGAGUGCUUACCGGCUGGUUUUGAGAUAGUCUGUGUCUUACCUGUUUACUUGUGCUUUGUUUAUACCGUAGUUCACCCACACAGCUAGUUUGAACACUGGCAGGCUCCAGCUUUCUGAGUUUCUACCCUCUGCCCCCCCCCCCUCCCCUAGAAGUACAAGGCUGAUAUUCUAACAAGUGCCUGUCUCUCAUGUGUUGAGAUUGCAGUUUCUUCAAUUUGAAUAUUAAGUUUUACCCAUCGUGCUACAUGGUGCAUCAAUAAUAAUGUCAAUAAAUGUACAAUAAACUUUAUAUAAAUA